CUUGUUUUUUAAAUUAAACCAUUGAACAGGAAGUGACCACUAAAUGAACAUCCUGCUGUAUUGAGGACUUGAAACUAGAGACUGAGACGAUAAACUCAUGUUUACAAUGUUUACUGAGGGAAUAGAUCAAGAGAGAAGUAGAGUCAUCUCCUCAUAGACGUCUAUGGGAGCAGAGGAGUCGCCCCCUGCUGGUCACUACACAGAAGUAGAGUCAUUUCCUCAUAGACGUCUAUGGGAGCAGAGGAGUCGCCCCCUGCUGGUCAUUACACAGAAGUAGAGUCAUUUCCUCAUAGACGUCUAUGGAAAAAGAGGAGUCGCCCCCUGCUGGUCACUACACAGAAGUAGAGUCAUUUCCUCAUAGACGUCUAUGGGAGCAGAGGAGUCGGCCCCUGCUGGUCACUACACAGAUGUAGAGUCAUUUCCUCAUAGACGUCUAUGGGAGCAGAGGAGUCGCCCCCUGCUGGUCACUACACAGAAGUAGUCAUUUCCUCACAGACGUCUAUGGGAGCAGAGGAGUCGCCCCCUGCUUGAUUUGUUGAAGAAAAGUUUAUCCAUUAAAAAAAAGCUGACAGCUGAUAGAAGACCUCAGUAAGACUUUAAUGAUGCACCGGUGGGGACCAGCUUCAUGUCCACAAACAGAUAUCAAGUAGGAGUCAGCUUUCUGAACUGCUUCUUAAUGUCCAUAACUAAUAACACGUUGCUUGGAUGCUUUUAUUGUGAAACUCUGGACUAAAAAAAGCAUUGUCACCUGAUGGGGUCACAUGACCGUCAGAUAAGUUCACCUCAGGUGACAGAGAUUACUGUUAUUUUGUUUUUCUUUGUAUCCCUUCAGUCCGGCGGAGCCUUUUGAUUUCACAGUAAAAGCCUACAGACGGGAAUGCAGGUGGUCAUUUCUUUUCACUGUGAACAGGUACAGGUGUGAAGGGGCGUCGCCGGCUGAGGGAUGCGGGAUGCUCAUCAAGAAUUAAAGCUCGGAUCUAGUUUCACGGGCAGCUCUUGGUUUUUUUGGGGGGGGGCCCGAGAGUGUGCGCGGUCUUACCCAGGAUGCUCUCUGCUGAGACUGACCUGCUGCUUUUGGGUCGAAUCUUCCUGUUGGUUUCCUUUAGAUGAUGCCCAUAUUUUGUGAAACUAGUUAUGAGAAACAACCAUUCUGAUCCCGAACCAAACUGAAAACACAGUUUCUGUCCCACUGUGAAGUUUGACAGCUUUUUAUUUGCAAGAACACAAAGGUCACUCAUUAAGGACAUAGAUUUCCAUCCAGGUGUCUUGGGUCACCUUCUCAGAUAGUUACGUCUAAUUAUAGAUCCAAAAGUAAUCAAGUAAACGCAUCCGCUCUGCUCUAAUUUUACGCAGAUAUCAACCAUCGCAAACAUGUUGGAUCUGCACUCAUCUGGUCUCAUCAGUCUGAGACCAGAAGGGACUGGGUCUCCAUCCGUGAGCACAGACCUUCAACAGAAGGAACUGAGCUUCUUAUCGCACAUCGACCCCGUCGCUGACAAAAGAUGAAGGCGGAGGAGAAGAACAGGGCGAGUGAGGUGGAGGAACACGGAGGAUGGGAAGCAGCCUCGUUCAUACGCGAGUCCCUCAUGUACGCGUUUGGUCGACUUUGAGUAUCUAGUGAUCCCGCGAGGCCUCUGUGGUCGGAUGAAGCAAAAGAAGUAGGUUCCUCUUUGUGAAGUGCGGGAGCUUUCGCAGCGUCCGAUUACCAGAUGAUUGUUGGCACCAUGAAAAGACGACAUAUUUAAAAUGUGCAAACAUAUGCAAAAUGUCGUCCAUAUUUCUGUUAAAGCAGCUUUCAUUCCUUUAAAAGCCAUUUCUCGUAUUUUGCUUCAGAUGAAGUCAGAUUAAACCCAUGUUUUCCUGCGUUUUUUUUCAGAUUUCUUUUAAAUGAAGCUGGUCAUGUCGUUCAUCUCGUUCUAACGAGUACGUUGAUUAUGAGCAAAUAUGUUAAUCUUAAUUGAGCUGUUGGCAAAUAAACAAAAUCAACCAAAGGAUGAUGACGACCAUAAAAACUCAACACCAUAAACCAACCCAUAAUUCUUGAGAGACGAAGCUGAAGUUUAAUUCAGAUGGUUUGAUUUCCUCCGUCAAAAGAACGAAAAGUCUGCAGCCUUUCAACUGGACCGGACCAAUCCAUCGACAGGAUACAUCAGAGGUCACGGGGGGGGGCUCUGAAGGGGUGAUGAGGGAGGAAGGAGGAAGGAGGACGAUGCAGAGAUAAGCCCACAGGCGUCUCCUCUUUCCGCAGCUUCUUUUAUAUCAUGUAUUUAUUUGCCGUUUAAGGAGGUCAUCUCUUCUUUGUCGGGACAAUGAAGACGCUCUCUGUCCUCGGUCUUUGUCCGCGUCCCGGCCGGCCAGAAGAAGACCUGAAAGACGCUUUGUUUGAGGCGGGGUUUAUAAAUGCAUCAAAGCCUCCUCCAUCCUGCUCAUCUCCUCACGCCUUCAGAUGAUGCUGCACAACUCGCACGGAACGAUGCUGCUGUCUUGGCUCCUGGGACUCCUCGUCCUCUCCUCCCUCUGCUCAGCCAUGUUUCCACCCGACAUGGGCAGUGGAGAGGACCCUGUGACCUACAGAAUGCCCGUCUCUCAGUCCUCUAAGUCGUCUGAGUCGUCUGGGUCCUCUGAGUCCUCUGAGUCCUCUCAGUCCUCUAAGUCCUCUGAGGCCUCUCACUCACCUGAGUCCUCUGAGUCCUCUAAUUCCUCUGAGUCAUCUGGGUCCUCUGAGUCCUCUAAUUCCUCUGAGUCAUCUGGGUCCUCUGAGUCCUCUCAUUCCUCUAAUUCCUCUGAGUCCUCUGGGUCCUCCCAGUCCUCUGAGUCCUCUCAUUCCUCUGAGUCCUCUCAGUCCUCUGAGUCCACUGGGUCCUCUGAGCCCUCUGAGCCCUCUGGGCCCUCUGAGCCCUCUGGGCCCUCUGGGCCCUCUGGGCCCUCUCAGUCCUUUAAUUCCUAUGAGUCCUCUCACUUACCUAAACCUCUUACUCGCAACGGGCCGCUGCCUGGCAACAUGAGUGAUUUGAGCGGAUUUUUUGGAGACCCAAUGACCACCUUCUGCGACAUGGUGUGGAGCUCGCAGGUACCGAUGACCCUCGCUGAUAUCCCCCCAUCCUGCAUCUGUUCGCACUGCAAGGGCACUAUGGGGCCCAAAGGUGACAGAGGAGACCGGGGCCUUCCAGGUUCACCUGGGAGUCCUGGAAGGAGAGGCAUGAUGGGAUUCCCUGGUCCCCAAGGAUUCACUGGCCGUCAAGGGAUAAAGGGUCAGAAGGGAGACCUGGGGGAGAAAGGGUCUAGCGGCGCUGUCGGUUUCAUGGGCAUGAAGGGCGAGCGGGGUUUCAAAGGAGACAAAGGGGACUAUGGAAUGGAAGGCCCACCAGGCUCACAGGGUCCCCCGGGCGAAAGCGGUACAUGUCCUGCCUCCUGUGAGAGUCUACCAGGUCCCCCGGGUCAACAAGGAGUGCCUGGACCAGCCGGAACCCGGGGUCUUCCUGGUGUUCUGGGACCAAUGGGACCCAAAGGCAUUAUGGGCAACAAGGGCGACAUGGGCAUGCCUGGUGACCCCGGGAUGGACGGCCACAAGGGCGAUCCAGGGGAGCAGGGGUUGUGUGAGUGCAAGGCUGGGGUAAACGGAACCAAUGGUAAACAGGGAGAAAAGGGGGUCAAAGGGGACAAAGGUGAGACUGGUGCUCAGGGGGUUCAGGGCCCCAUGGGGCUAAAAGGCCAAGAGGGCAGCAUGGGUCUCAUGGGGAUACCUGGGCCCUGCUCCCCGGCCAUUCAAUCUGCAUUCUCUGCGUCUCUCAACAUGUCGUUUCCUGCUCCUAACUGGCCUGUUCCUUUCCCGCAAGUCCUCCUCAAUGUGCAGGGCGACUUCAACCCGUUCAUGGGCAUGUACAAAGCUCCCAUCAAUGGCACCUACAUCUUCACCUUCAACCUGGCCAUCAGGGAGAGGCCUCUCAAGGUUGGCCUAUUCAAGAACUUCUACUCCGUGGUCAAAAUAACAGAAGGAAGCCAACAAUCCAGCACCAGCUACACUGUCGUCCUCCACCUCGCCAUGGACGACAUGGUGUGGCUGCAGGUGAAGGACUUCACCACCAACGGCAUCUACACCGGCGCAGAGAGCAGCAGCACGUUCUCUGGGUAUCUGUUGUACCCUGACUCCUGUGAAGUGCCCAUAGGCAGGUUUUUCCAGCCCACACCGAUAUUCAACCAGAAGGACUUCAACUGGGGUUCUGACAGCACCACGCCCAGCCCGACCCCCAAACCAUAA